UCGACUCAUUCUUUCUCCAGCUCAAGCCCGUAUUAAUCACAAAUAAAUAAUUCUGCAAUGAAGACGAUAAAUUACCUUUCAUUUUCCACAUUCACUUUUUCGGUUAUAAUUUGCCUAGUAAAUUCCGCUGUACUCGAAUAUAGUUACGCGGAACUUCUGCAAGCUCUGAAUUAUAAUGAUUCCUGUGAUUAUGAAAUUGAAUCCGUUAGACAAAAUUAUCUUGUGCCAGGAAAUCCAAGCCAAGCAGGGAUUUUAAGACGAAGAUACGUCGAAACCGUAGAACGAUUACAGCAACCAAUGUGCAACGCCCUGAAACUUUUAGUAUGCAACCCACAAACAAAUCGAUGCGAUUGUGGGAAUCCGGCAAAAAUAGUCUUCAACCCAGGCGUUGCAGGAAGCGAGGGGUUUACGGUAGAAGACGGACAAUAUUGCAGAUGGGCUGUUGGUGGAUACUGUACCCCUGAAAUCGAAUCGGAAAAGGAUAACGCAUCCCAAUGGUGUGAACGUGGUGCGACGUGCAUGCUAACUGGAAAUACGUGGGGGGUCUGUUCUUAUGCUAAAAUUGUAGAUUACCUUAUUACAAAUAACAUAACAUCUACAAAAGCCGGAAAUACGGCGAUAAUGUCUGGAAAGGUGUGCUCAUGUAAAAAGGAGCCAAGUAAGAAUACCUUAUGAAUACGUACUUAUUUGUGAAACAACAAAUAUCGCUGGAAAUAAAUUUAAUUAGUCCAUGCACACUAAAAAACGUAA